AUGGCUGAGACGGGAUGUGCAGUGAACCAUUCCCACUUUUUCCUAUUGUUUCAUUCUGUCUGGAUGGAAAUGGCCAGCGAAUCGGCAAAAAUUGUGAAUGGUUUUGCUGCCACAGGUAUAUUUCCAUAUAAUCCAGACGCUGUUCCAAACAAGGCAUAUGGACCAUCUGAAGUCUACACGUGCACGAAGUCCGGCAGUGGUACUGAAAAUGCAGACCAAAAUGAUACUGUAACAGACAUUGCUGACACAAGUGAGAAAUCAGCCCCAGACUAUUCCACAAAUGACGAAUUAGCAGCAGCGUCAUUGCUGGAACUCUCCUUAAGCUUAGUAGAUCUUGGCUGUGUUCUGAAUGAGGAUGGGACUUUGGAGAAAAUCCCUGUUCCACCUGGUCCUCCAGUUGAACCUUCGCCAGAAGUGGACUCCGUGUGUCCCCCGGAAAUGGCCCUAGCAGCAGUCGAGUGUUCAAUUACAGCUGCCCAGGGAAAAUGUUACGAGGUGGUGUUUGAAACAAACCAGGAAUUAAAACGCGACAGGACGUUUCAGACCUGGAAAAGGCUGAAACUAGCAGUGAACUCGGCCGAACCUUUUCAAACCCCUGAUCCUGUUAUCCCAUGUGAAGAUGAAGACGUCCUUCCAAACUUAAAACUGUCAACUAAAGUCAAAUCAAACACCUAAUUUUUCAUACUGACGUUUGACGAAGCUUACCGGGAUAAGCUGGAAGCGAAAAAAAGGAAGGAAGAAAAAGAGAAAAAGAAAAGGGCUAACAUUAAAUAAAUAUACUCAGAUUACUGGAAAUAGUAUUUUUAUUAUUAUUUUGAAAAGGGUGGGGGCAGGAAAUUAGCCCCCCCCCCCCCCCCCCCCCCCACUCACCUGUUGCCUCUUAACACCCGCCACGUUUACCCACGUAUUUCUAAAUAGCGGAUAUUAUUCACUUACAGUAUCUGUUGACGGUUGUUGCGUCCCCCACCCCCAUUUUUCCUAAUACUGCAUUGCAAGUUAUAGAGUCCGAAAAUAAAACGAUGCAUCUGAACCUUGGUCAGAUAUGUUUGAACCAUGGUCAAAAUCGGUUCUUUUCUGUGCCAUCCAGUUAUUAACACAUAAAUAAUAUUUUUUGAGCUACAUGUGUAUAUUGACAUUCGAUAAAUCCCGAAAGGUUCCCGCAAACCAUCCCUAGCAAUGGCAAUAUUCUAUUCUAACGGCAUUCGGAACUAUAGCCUGUUGUAAGAAAGCAAAACAAGAACUGUCCGAACCAUGGUCGGUUUGCCCUAUAUGUAUGUGUGUGCAUAUAUGGUAAAAAGCUACAAUAAACAAAUACAAGUAUAUAAAUAAAAUGAAAUACAAAGUCAUAAUGAAAAAGUUAAUAAAGUUAGGUUACACUGCUACUAAAAUUAGAUGCAUGUAAAUUCACUAUGUUUAAAGUGCAAAUAAACUUUACAAUGGUAUUUAAAUUGCAGCUCUAAAAAACAAAGAUAUACCAGAACUUGUAAAACUUGCAUCGUGAUUGGCCACUGUUUCUCUAAAUUAUAACGUUUUGGAUAGUUGAUCGAGUCUUUUACAGGAAUGAAUUCAAUUCUGUGUGUGAAAGGCACACAUAAAUAGUCAAAAUUACACAGGAACUCUCAUUGUUUAAUAAUUAAGCUAAAUAAUCAAAAUGCAGACCCUAUCCAAGUUCAAUAAACACAACACAGCAAAUUUGACUUUAACAUAAACAGCAGGUGCGAGCUAAUGGUCAGUGCACUAAAAUCAGGCAUGAGAAUAUGAUUAUAAAAAUAACACAAACAAUGAACAAUUGAUUCAGCUAUUCAAAACCUGAUACAUUUGUUAAUGUAUAAAAAAAAAAACCCUGAAUGAAAUGCAAUUAUAAAAAUUAUAAGAUGAAUGCACAACAUUACAACUUUAUCAAAUAAAUCUAACUGAGAAUUAAACAGGAAAUCAAAUAAUCUUAUUUUUCUAAUAACCACAAACAUACAAUGUAGCAUUCUGUGGUUGUUCACAUAGGCUCUUUUUUUUUUUUUUUUUUUUGCUCAUUGAACUCAUUGUUUCAACAUAUAAACCAUUAGGCCACACCAAUUUGUAAAAUAGUUCUUCGGAUUUUCAAACAAAAAAAGUGAGGCGAGAGGGUGAAAUUAUUUUACAAAUAUUAUUUUUAAUUUUGGAGAAAAAAUUAUGAGGCGAGCGAAUACAAGAAAUAUAAAUAUUUUUAAUUGAAUUAAGUGUGAUUUUAAAAAGCGGGCGCCUAAAAAUAAAGAUCUAAAAUCAUCAGAUAUCAUUUAUUUACCACAUAAACUUAAUAUUUUUCAACUUUGUUGAUAUAGUUUACAAUAAAUAAGAAGUAUUUCAAGUUUCAAAGACUUAUUUUCUUCAUACUUAAUACAUGUACUUUGCAACAUUAACUGAUAAGGUCUUUUUGAAGAAUUUUAUUUAAGUUUCAUUUCUACAAACUUUCGAUUCAGAGAUAUGCAUAUUGCUAGGGACACAUCCAGUUUUGACAUUCAUUGCAAAUGCAAUAUCCAUUGCAUCGCUUUGAGCAUUUUCUUGAAUUUUGUGAAUUUGUCGUUAACUGUCGGUCUGGUUUAAAAUAGUCAUCGAUCAGUACCCCUUGUUUGUUGUAAGAGGCGAAUAAAUGGGACGGUCCUUCAGAUAGGACUGCAAAAACUGAGAUCUUUGUCACAGCAGGUGUAGCACGAUAAAGAUCCCUCAGUGCCAUAAGCGCUGAGCAUAGGUCUAAAUUUUGCAGCCCUUCACCGGUAAUAGUAACGUCUUCAUGUGAGUGAAAUAUUCUCAAGAGAGACUUCAGUCAAUAUAUAGGCUAAUCAAACAAUCAAUCAUACGCUAUCAAUGUUCUCUAAAUAGUGGCAUCGAAUAGUGCUUCAAAAGUUUCAUCGGCUUCCAGUUCGAUUCCAGCAUAAGGAACAACUUCCAAUCCAGUGUUAUGAAGUAUCGUACAUAUUAAGAUAGACAUCAUGAAUAACUUAACCGUAUUACACUGUUAGGAAAUUUCUCGAGAGCCCGUGCUUCUGUCAUUUGUCAGCAUAUACAUCAAGGUUAUUUGUGCGCUUGUUGUAAAAACUAAAAAAAAAAUAUUUACGGAUAUUUUUGAACACGCGGGCGGAUAUUAUUUUUUGAUAAUAUUAUAAUUUGGAUUUGUUACAAAUAGAAGCGGCGAAUCCGACGAACUAGAUUACAAAUUGGCAUGGCCUUACAUGAAGACACAUUUUGUUUGUCAAUCUUUUAAAAAUAUUACGACUUCUGUUUUGCAAAUAUUCACAGUAAGUUUCCAUGUUCACAAUAACUUCUAGAUUCAUUCAACGCAAACUCUAAAUCAUCGGCAGACUCGGCUAAAAUAAAUGUGUCGUCUGCAUAGACCAAGAUAAACAUCUUCAUAUAGAAAAAUACCAAGGAAUAGUGCCUAUACUAGCUCCCCUAUUGAUUUUGACAAGUUCAAAGGUUAAGAUUCAAAUUUGACAUAGUGAGAUAGUGUUUGCCCAGUAUCUUGAGAACCUUUGCUAGACAAACAUCAAACUUGGUACAUUGUACAUCCUACAUGUAAGGAGUAGAUGACCCCCAUUAAUUUUGAGGUUAAGGGUUAAACUACUAGACAUUGUCUGCUCAAUAUUUUGAGAACUCUUUGCUGAAAGACAUCAAACUUGAUAUACUGGUUCCCCCUAAAUUGUAGAUGACCCCCAUUAAAUGGUUUUCAAGUCACAAGGUCAACACUCAUAACUGGUUAAUUGGAAAUGUUUGCUCAGUAUCAUGGGAGGACAAACUUAGUGUUAUGGUUGCUCCUGACUAGUAGAACACCCAUAUUUUUCACUAUCAUUACAAAUAUUCUAAAUCUAUAGUUGAUCCUUUUCAAUAUUGCCACACAAACUACAGUAUCAGUAAUAAAACAUGUACCCUGCAUAAAUAUCCUAUUGGUCAAAAAGAAAUGUAAAAGGUGACUAGAAGGAACAGUCUUAGUUUCAUUACAUAUAUAGUUUCUGUUGUGAAAUGCACUUGUAAGGCUGCUACAUGUAUCUCACAUGAAGAUCUUGGUUCCUUAUUGGUUUUCAUGGUUAGAUAAAAAAAAAGGGGGGGGGGGUCAAGGUCUUCAUUUUAUAGGUGUUUUUUUUUUUUUAACUUUAUGAACUUUGUCAUUUUGUUUUAGGUUUGUAAAGACAUGUGAUCUCACAGUGACUAUUGCAUAAUUAAAGUGUUGAAAGGGUUUUAAUGGAAUCACUGUCCAUCCAUCUGGACAUGAUUUUGUCCAGACGUUUUCUACGAGACUAGUUCAUGGAUUUUCAUAAAAAUCUGUACACUCUUUAUUACACCAUGAUUAUUGAUAAAUAUUGAGGUCAAAGGAAUUUAGUAUGAGAUGGAACUUGUAUCUAAGUGAUACAUGAAUAAUUUUGAAAAUGAAGUCUUUCUGGUCUUCAGCUAUACAAUUUUUCAAAUAUGCUCAAAUAUGGAUGAGCCCUCAGGGAGUACAUUUGUCCUGUUAUGAUGGGUCUAGUUAUACCCCCCAAACGAAGUUCUGGGGGGUAUAUAGGAAUCACUCUGUCUGUCUGUCUGUCCGUCUGUCUGUCUGUCUGUGCAGAUUUGUGUCCGGGCCAUAACUUCUUUGUUCUUUGACUUAGGCAUACCAUAUUUGGCUUGCAGGUAGAUCACCAUGAGACGAUGUGUUGAGUACCUUCAUGACCUCUAUAUGACCUUGACCUCAAGGUCAAAAUUAAAGGUUUUUUACAAUGGAUUCGUGUCCGGACCAUAACUUCUUUAUUCUUUGACGUAGGCAUACCAUAUUUGACACAUGAGUAUAUCACCAUGAGACGAUGUGUCAUGUACCUUCAUGACCUCCAUAUGACCUUGACAUCAAGGUCAAAAUUAAAGGUUUUUACAAUGGAUUCGUGUCAGGGCCAUGACUUCUUUGUUCUUUGACAUGGGCAUAUCAUAUUUGACACAUGAGUGUAUCACCAUGAGACGAUGUGUCGAGUACCUUCAUGACCUCUAUAUGACCUUGAACUUUGAUCUCAAGGUCAAAAUUUAUUAUAGGGUUUUGACAGUCAUACCAUAAGACAUGGGUGUAUCACCAUGAGACUAUGUGUCAUGUACAUUCAUGACAUCUUUAUGACCUUGACCUUUGAUCUCAAGGUCAAAAUUAUAGGUUUAUGCCAUGGAUUCGUGUUCGGACUAUAUCUUCCAUUUUCUUCUACAAAGGCAUACCAUAUUUUGACACUCAGGAAAGAGGUAAUUUAUACCUAUUAACAACACCCUUUGGGAGAUAGGGGUAAGCGGGAGGUAUUCUUAGUGAGCAUUGCUCACAGUACAUCUUGUUAUAAUUAGUUUUCCUUUUUUGUUGUAGUUUUCAAUUACCCUACAAUAAUCAUCACUAUUUUCAGAUUGAGGUAUCAUAUAUAGCUGUAGAUGUAAAGAACCUAGAGUAUAUUAUUACAUUUAAAUUACAUGUGAAAAUAUUUCUGU